AUGAAUAACAAUACAGACGGAAAAGACACUCUCCUGAACAAAAUGAAGAAAGCUAAGUCUUUCUUUGAUACAGUACCAACAGAAAAGAAGCCAUUACUUCCUCAGGAGAUUAAACUAAAAGAACCCGAAAAAACAGUAUCUUCUCCUGCUAAGCCAGCAGUGCCAGAGCAGCCACUUCUUUUCUCGGCGCAUGGGACGCUUUACAAGAAACAUGAAGCCAAGUGGGUAGAAAUCAGCCCUGGGCAGAUCCAAGGAAAGCCACUGCCAAACAAAAGAGUACAGCUACUGUUUGUGUUAAAUAACACCCGGAUAGUGCUUAAUUUACUAAUUUUGGACAUUUCCCACAUAAAAAUAACGGGCAGCACAGUGGUAUUUACAGGACUCGAUGAAAACAAGCAGCCGUGCACAGGGUGCGUUCGAAUAAGCGAAAAGGAUGCACAGGCCAUAGAAGAGACAAUAAAAGAGGAGCAAAAAAGUAGCUGCAUCUAAAAAUAGAAGCAAAAAAGUGUAAAAAAUGUCGCCACCCGGGAUCGAACCGGGGACCUCAUCCGUGUAAAGGAUGCGUGAUAACCACUACACUAUGGCGACACACUAUACGGUAAACAAGGCGAUACAUCCUGCGGGUAUGUAACAGAUUUUCUACAUUGAAGUAAUAAAUA